AUGUCUCCCUCUGCCGAAUCUGCCACCACCAGCGCCACUGCCAAUGGCAAGCCACAGAGCAUUUAUGCUCCCCUUCCUACCACUACCUAUCCUAAUCAGCGGGCUAUCUUCCCCUACGUUGAUCCCAAGAAGGUCAACCCGGAGAUGGCGCAGGCCUUCAAGGUGCUUCCGUUUGAGCGCAACGUGCUCAAACUCCUGGCCCACGCCGAAGGAUUUUUCCCUCCCAUCUCCAGCCUUCUCACCACCGUCUUCCGCUCCACUCGGGAGCUGCCCACACUUGAAUGGCAAUUGGUUGUCCUGCGCACGGCUGCUCUGAUUGGCGCGCACUAUGUCUUCGAAAUCAAUACCCCGGUGGCCCUAGUCAACGGCAUGCCCAACGCGAAGCGCCUCCUGAUCGCCUUCGGCAAGGUCGACGACACCGAGUUCUUCACCGUGCGGGACCGCAUCCUUCUGCGCUUCGUCGAAGAACUUGUCCGCAACAACACCGCCAGCGAUGCGACCCUGGAGGACCUCAAGGCCAACUUCAGCACUCGGGAGAUCUUUGAGGUGAUUGUCAUUGUGGGGCUCUACAGCAUCUUCGGACGGGUCGCCAACGUCAGCCGGAUUGAUGAUGAUCCUGAAAUCCCAGGUCUCAUGGACUCGUUGGUCAAACUGACCGGCCAGAAGGAUCGUGGCGAAUAG